AUGGUAGCUAUGGUGGCCUCUGCCUCUGGAUAUGGCACCCUACGCAGAUUCCUGAGUGCUCCAAACGGCGCCCACUCCGGUGACCCUGCUUUCGUACCGUCCGCCUCUGUAGCCGUCUCGUCGAAGCAACGCGCGUCCAUCAAAUGGCUGCUCUCGAAGGCGUUCAACAACCGGGUCCCCGACAACUUGCAGGAGCCCUUCUACCGGGAUCAUGAGGGUCAAGAGCGGCUGAAACCGGCGAUAACGGGCGGCUUGGCGAGUGCCGAGCUGUACUGUCUGGCGCUGGCCAACGUUUACUCCGACCCCGGCUUCCACAGCCUGAACCACACCGCCAUCCUGCAGGCCCUGGCUAGGAAAGGUGCGCCGCCAGUCGCGGCCGCGCCCCUCACCGAGACCGUGCUCAUCCAGAACAACCCGCUGCGGCUGAGCGCGCACCUGGCCGUCACCGAGGCGCUCAUGGCGGUGUACGCACGCGAGGUGGUCACCCCGGAACGGGUGGCGGCCGCCGCGCUGCGAUUUGGCGGAGAGCCUCCCGCCGGAGUCGCGUCGCCCGAGGACGGCCUCCUCGUGUGGAUCAACGCCGCGUGCGCGGCUUUCAACCGGGCCCGGGAGGCGGGGUGCGCAGAGGUGACCGGCGUGCGCAGCGUGGAAGAGGUGUGCUCGGGGGCGGCGCUGGCGGCGCUGCUAUCGUGGUACUGCCCGGGUGCCGUGCCGCGAUCCGCCGUGCGCGCCGCGCCGCUGGCCUCGCUGCACGACUCGCUGCACAACCUGUCGCUCGUCUACGACUUCUGCCGUGACCACUUGCCGCACAACUGCUUCCACAUGCAGCCAGAGGACGUCACCUACAUGCGCGGAUCGAUGCGGCAAAACCUGGUGGCGUUGCUGGCGGAUCUGUUUAACCUGCUGGAGGUGCACCCCGUGCUCGCCGUGCAGCGCUCUCGCGCGGGUCCGUCGGGGUCGGCGGAGCGGAGUAACGCGUGGGGCGUGCGUCACUCGCGCCAUCUGCCGCCGCCGGACCCCGUGCCCAUCCCGCGCCUCCGGGACUCGCUCGACGACCGGCCCUUUGCAGGGUCUCGGUCGCCUUCGUCCGGCGGACGAGCGUCGCGGGCGGGAGGCGCGGGCGGAGACGACUUCGCGAUCCACCGCGGCAAGGCGGUCACGACGCUGUCGGCCAUGUUGCGGCGGGAGCUGAACGACGACGAAACGGCGAGCGAGCAGCAGGCGACGGCGGCGGGAAGACCGUCCAAGUGGGGCACGAGCCGCGAGGGCAGUUUCGCCGGUCGUCGCUCGCGCCGCUCGUCCGUCACCGACGACAGCCAGCUCACCGUCGAGAACUUCGGCGGCUCGGCCGGCGCCAACCACUUCGCGCAGCGCAACCCGCAGAAGGACCUCGCCACGCUCGAUCACCUGGCCGACUUCGCGCCCCACCACGGUAACCUGAGUCACAACCCGCCGCUGCGUUCGUCGCGGCAGGACAUCCGCGGCUCCCUGAGCCUGGCGCACGACGAGACCAACGGGGACCGGUCACCCCCUCCGCCGCCCCAGCCCCCGGCCGGCGACGGGCCCGUCUGCACCAACGGCCAACAGAGAGGUCUGCAAACGAGAGGCGGCCGGGAGGACGGGGAGAGGCGGAAGAGCGCCGCGGGUUCGGCGCAGAGCGGCACGACCACUUGGCACGAGCACUACCUGCAGCACGAGCACCAACUGCACAGUGAGUCGAACUUCGGCCGACGAACGCACUUCGAACGGACGAGCGCAGCUGAGCCACCGCCUCUUUCAGACGGCGACGAGGAGACGGAGGAGAGCGACGGAGGCGAGGGCGGCUCGGGAGGCGCCAUGGCGGCGCAGCUCAACAACAUCCGCCUCAAGCUGGAGGAGAAGCGGCGCCGCAUCGAGCAGGACAAGCGCCGGCUCGAGCAGGCCGUCGCCCGCCAGCGGCAGAACCUCGGGCACCAGGCCUUCCUGCAGGCCGUCACGCGGGGCAAGUCUCGCGGCGCGGACGCGGCCCCCUCGCCGGACCCCUCGCAGGUGAGUGCUCCGAGUCUCGCCGUCUCCGCCGACGAAUCUUUGGUACGUCGGUCCUCACGACGUUUUGUGUCGAUUCAGGAGCCGGCGGAGCCCCCGUCGAGCGGCGCGGAGAAUUCGGCCCUGGAGCAGUAUCGGCAGUCCAUCACCAGAAUGAACACGAGUCUGCAGGACAUACAGAGCGACAUAGCGCGCCUCGCCACGCAGCACAGUCAACUUCAACAGCAACAGCAGCAGCAGCAACAGCAGCAACUCCAACAGCAGCAGCAGCAGCUCCAGCAGCAACUGCAACAACAGCAGCAACAGCUCCAGCAACAGCUUCAGCAGCAGCAAGCGAAGCAGUUAUUUCAGCAGCACUUUGAUCAGUAUCAAUCGAAUAUUCCACAAUUGCACAGCCAGUUCAGUUCGGCGCAGAACGUGUCGCUGUCGGCGGGCGGCGCCUUCGGCUCGUCCCCGCAGCUGGCGAUGGAGCCGCAGUACCGGCCCAUCGAAGCCGCCUUCCUGUUGCACGACGCUCCUCUGUCUACGCCGCAGCGUCGCACCUGGGCGCAGCACGCGCGGCUGCAACAGGAGCACAACGAGCUGCGAGGCUGGCAGCUGUCCCGACAGAGUCAGCCGAGCGAGUCCUACUCGCCCUACGCGGAGAGCGGUCGCGCCUGGCGCUCCCCGUCUCCGGCGGCCGGCGAGCGCGGCAGCUGGUCGCCGCAGGGCUUCGUGCUGCACGACCGGGCCGCCGCGCCCAACGGCGAGGUGCGGCACGCCAGCCUGGCGCCGGACACGCCUCCCCCCCAGCCCGAGACGGCAGCGACCGCCGGCGCCCUCGCCGCCGCCGUCGCCGCCCGCCGACAUGGAGCCGCAGAACAUCUCCUUCAUCGGCGCCGCCGAAGACGAGGCGCUCGGCGGCCUCGGCCGCCUUCACAUCUCGUCGGGCACGCGCACCUACCGCAUCCCCUCGCCCACGAGGCCGCCGCUCUCGCGGGACUCUUUCCGUCGGGAGGAAACGAACGAGAAGGGCUUCUACAUCUCCUUCGACGACGAGCAGCCCAAGCGCUCCAAGCCGCCUCUGCGGCAGAAGCGCGGCUCGCCCCGCGUGGACCGGCCCGACGACCGCGUCGACGCUCCCGACGCCUGGCCCGACGACGACUUCGUCGUGCACAGGUACCGAAUUCACAUCCGGAGUCGAGGUCCGAUCGCCGCGAGUCGCCGGCGCGGGAAAACAGCUUCCCUCGGGAUGACCUCGCGCGCCAUACACCGCGGCCCGCUUACGCUCCGCCCCCGGCAGCGGCCGCGCCCGCUCCGGCUCCCGCCCCCGCCGCUCUGGUCGUCGGCGAGGUGACGCCGGACCCGAACGGCGCGGAGGAGAUGGAGCGCAAGAAGGAGCGCAUCAUGAUGCUGUCGCUGCAGCGGCGGCAGCGCGCCGAGGAAGCGCGGGUCAAGGCCGAGGCCGACGCGGCCGCGAGGCGCGCCCGGGAGGAAGCCGCCGCCGAGCUCAAGGCGGCGCGCCGAGAGGAGCAGGCGCGACGCCGCGAGGCCAUCCUGCAUCAGUACAAGCUCAAGAAGGCCAUCGAGGAGGCAGAGCGAGAGGGCAAAGUGCUGGACAGGUCCGAGUUCCCCGAUGCGCCGUCUCGGGCGGGCGGAAACCCGGCAGGGGCGACGGGCGCGACGCGUCUCCGCGGCCGAGCGGCCGCCCGAGCCCGCCCCAAGACCAUCCACGUAGACGGCGGCGCCCUGCACGCCGCCGAGGGCAUGCUGCGGCGCCAGCCCUCGCACACGAGCCUCGCAGGGGGCGCGGGGCGACGCGACUACUACCGGGGCUCGCAGGACGACCUGCAGGACCGGCCGGCUCUCGCCAGAGGUCCGCCUCCGUCGGGGUCUCCGGGCGAGGAGCGCGGCGUGACGUCGCCGGGCAGCGCGUCCAGCGGGCCCCUCGCGCGCCGCGGCUCCUGCAAGACCUCCAGAGAGCGCGGGGCCGAGGAGCCGCCGCCGGCCCGCGGCAGGUCUAAGUAUUCCACUUACCAGAGUAGCUUUAAAGCCGGAAGGAAAUCUAGCUCCCUCGUCAACUUGUGCGACUCGGGGCUGGGGCGCGCCACGCCGCCUCGACGCGCGGCGUCGCCGGGCGUGCGGACGCUGGGCUCGCCGUCGUCUCCGGCGUCGGGACCCGGGUCGCUGCCCGGCGCCAUCGGCAAGCGGCGCCAGCCCGCCCACGACGACGUCUCCGACGUCUCCUCCACGCACUCCUCCAUCGUGGACUACUCGGGUCCGCGGCUCUACAAGCAGCCGGCGACGAAGUCGAACCGCGGGAUCAUGCUGAACGCGGUGGAGUACUGCGUGUUCCCGGGCGCCGUGAACGCCGAGGCCAAGCGGCGCGUGCUGGAGGAGAUCGCGCGCUCCGAGAGCAAGCACUUCCUGGUGCUGUUCCGCGACGCCGGCUGCCAGUUCCGCGCGCUCUACGCCUACUGUCCGGACACGGACCACGUCACCAAGCUGUACGGCACCGGCCCGCGCUCCGUCAACGAGCGCAUGUUCGACAAGUUCUUCAAGUACAACUCGGGCAGCAAGUGCUUCUCGCAGGUGCACACGAAGCACUUGACGGUGACCAUCGACGCGUUCACGAUACACAACUCGCUGUGGCAGGGCAAGAAGGUGCAGCUGCCCAGCAAACGGGACAUGGCGCUGGUCAUCUAG